UGAGCAGUGGUUUGAGUUUGGUCCAUGACUCAGGAGCUGCCAUCAUCCUGCUGUGGUUCCUCUCAUGGUGUGACUUAUGUCAGCAUCCUCGUGGGUCAUUAGUGUCAAAGCGUCACGACCUGUGGUUUCCGUCACGUCGUGUGUUUUGGUUUUGGUUCUGGUUUUAAAUCAGCUGCUGCAGACAGAAGUGUUUUCCGGGGCUUUAAGUCUGGUGUUUCGUACAAGCUGGACCCGAUCACUGCAUCAGUCUGAUCACAAAUGAACCACCGCUCCCGUUCACGUACCAGUGGUGGCUGAUGUGGACAAGAUCACUGAAAACGGAUCCAACUGUCAGGAAACUAGUUCAAUAUUACGAUGCGAACCAGAGGAGCCGAGCGUGACCUGCUGUCAAGUGGAGGACGGUUUACAUCAAUCCUCAAAACUAAGAGUGACUCAAACAAACUGGAAAUAGAACGGCCAUAAACGCUGUAGUCCUGGGUUCUGGUCAGGGGAACUGGGAUCCCAUCAGAACCUAGAUAAGUGUUUGGAUCCAGGUUUUCUUCUGGGUUUCCCAGUGGUGAAAUAAAGUUUCCCAAAUGUUCAGAUGAACAUAAAUGGUGUGUUCAUCUUCUCUCCAUCUCCUGAGUAAAUCUCCUGAGCUCAGAUCAGCUGCACUGAUUUAAACUAUAUUUCCUGAUUUGAACCAAAACCAGGACCUUCAGGACCAGAACCCUGAAGACUGGACUCCUGUGGCGGUUUUUGUUUGUUGGAUUCUUGUUCCUGUUUCUAUUUUGAGCUGGAGGCGUUUCCAUGGGUUAUAAAUGUGUCGGAACUGGGUUCCCAUCAUCGACUGCUGCUUCUCAUCACGAUGUGUGUGUCACGCUGCCUGCGCUGUGUUGGCGUGUCUCUUGUUUCCACGGCGAUAAUCUGCAGCCUCGCUAACAUCCUGCUGCUGUUUCCUGGACUCAGCAGCCGCUUCCUGUUGGACCGUCAUGUGACCAGCGAAGCCACCUGGGCCACAGGUGUGUGGGGUUCAGGUCUGCUGGUUUUACUGGGAGCCCGCUCGUUUGUCCAGAGCAGUAAAACCAGAGGCUGCUGUGCAUUCAGGAGUCAGAUGUUGUGCCAGGUGCUGUACUCCUGUGUGUCCCUGUUGGGAGCCUUCAUCUGCGGUGUGGUCAGUGCCAACGGUCUCGCCAAUGGUCCUCUGUGUCUGUACAACAGUACCCAUGGUCAGACCUGGGGGGUCCCGCUGAAGCCCAGUCCUGGUGAAUGGAGCUACCUGUAUAACAGGACUCUGUGGUCCACGGUGUGCCUGGAGCCCCAGAAUGUGGUUCAGUGGAACAUGGUUCUGUUUAGUGUGAUGGGGUCCGUCAGUGGACUGCAGGUUCUGCUUUGUGUUGCCAAUGUGCUGAACUCUCUGCUGGGAAUGAUCCUAGGACAUGGCUCCGGUCAGACCAAAGUCUAAGUGUCGCUCUUCUGUACCUGUUAGGACCUUUCACAAUAAAAGCGCAGUCAAUAAUAUAAUUUACAAUUGAAAAAUAAGAACCUAUUUUAUCUUAUAUAUUUGUGAUUAUUGUAUAUAUACAGUAUUUAAAUAAGAACCUAUUUUAUCUUAUAUAUUUGUCAUUAUACAUAUAUAUACAGUAUUUAUUAGUUUACAUUGAUGCUUUUAUAUUACUUAGGACAGUAAUAAUUGUUAAGUGUAAACUAUGUUGUUUUGUUUAUUUGUUGACAUAUCCAGUUAUCCCUAUCAAGGUUAUCACUUAAUGAUAAUAUGACCAAUAUGUUUUUUAUACUGUAUUUUACAGAAAACUUGUACGUUUUACAUGUAACAGUCUAAUGAAUGAAAACAUCUACAGUCAAGUGCCUAAUUAUUAAAAUUAUGGGAAAACUA